AUGGCAUCUCCCCUGAUGGCUCUGCUGCCUAAAGAUGGCAAGCAGCACCCCGAGCUGGCGACGCUGAUUGGCGCGCUGAACCCCCUUCCCACUGCCAAGCCCGGUGAGAAUCCCUACCAGACGGGAAUUCUGUCGAUUCUGGAGAUCCCCAAGACGGCGGCGGUCGGCACCGGUAUUUCCAAGAUGCUGGCGAAAACCAAGUUCUACAUUGGCAACGACAUUCCUGAAAACGUGGUCAAGUAUGCCAUGACCACCCAGGCGGCCAUUUUCGGCGACUAUCCCACCUCCAAGGACUACGCCCCCUGCGGUGUGUUUAUUGCCGUCUUCGCCAUCAUCGCCAUGGCCCACCUGUACAUUUGGUUCCGCGACCGAAUGAAGGGCCACAAGUUCUACCUGUCAUUUGGUCUGGGCAUGUAUGGCCUGCUCCAGGUGAUUGGAUUUGCUCUGCGGCUCGGAUGGUCCAAAGAUGUGACCCGGCUCAAUGUCGGCAUUGCCUCGCUAGUCUUCAACAUUGCCUCGGUGCUCAUUGUCAACAUCAUGAAUGUUAUUUUGGCCCACCGAAUCUUCACCGCCCGACAUCCUGAGACGGGCUCUGCGUCGUGGUUUAACGCCAUCAUGAACCUCAUCUACUUGCUCGUCAUUGGAGUGCUCGUCAUGGCCAUUGUUGCCCAGGUGGUGCCUUACCUGUACUACAUUGACGAAAAGCACUACACCAUGUGCAAAAAGGUUGUUCGAGGAGCAUCGGUUCUCGCCAUGUUGAUUGCCUUCUGCGGUCUGCCCAUUAUUGGCCUGGCAUACAUGUUCAAGCCUGGAGCCCUGGUGUUCCUCGGCAACAAGACUUCCAAGCAUGGCGGUCCCGUGACUACCGUGUCGCCCACCUGGAUCAAGUCAUUUGGCACCUUUUCUUACACCUCCCCUCCUCCUCGUCCCAUUUACCGGGACCAGGCAGACGGCAAGGGCCAUGCCAUUCGAAUCAUGCCCGUGCGGACCGCCGAGCACCCCGAGGCUCCCUCCAUGACCUCCAACAUUAUGCUGAUUCUAGCGUCGUCCAUUCUGCUGACCGCCGGUACCGCUAUGCGAUGUGCGUCCACUUUUAUUGAGGAGAAGGCCGUGCCCGGUGAGAUGAACAGCAUUUUCAAGCCUGUGUGUCUGUACCUGGCGUUUGGACUGUUUGAAGCGCUGGCCAACAUUCUCUAUCUGGUUGCGCGGGUCGAUCUGCGAUUCUACAUUCCCGACAUGGCCAAGAAGGGCACUGGACCCGUUGAUAUGGAGGAGAAUCUGACCGAUGGCAAGGCCUCUCCCAGUCAUCUGGAGCAGGCCAAGUCGGUCAGCGAGUAG